CAUCAAAUCCAAUUCUUCUCAAUGGGAAUCCAAAAGAAGAAGCAAUGGCUUCAAUUUGCUUGUGUUUUGGCAUUUUUCUUGAUUGCCACAUGCACUAUGGCAUAUUCACCUUAUAAUUCUUAUGAAUCAUCAGAUUCAACACACAGUAAAGUACCAAACACAGUAGUCAAAAGUGAAGACUUCAAGGUACCCACAGAGUCAGAAAAGGAUAAGUCGUCAUUCUUGCCAAAAAAUGAUUACUACAAGAAGCCAUCAGUUUCAGAGGAUAACUAUAAGAAAGUAUCAUUUGUUCCGGAAAAUGAAUCGUUCUUGCCAAAGAAUGGCUACUACAAGAAGCCAUCAUUUUCGGAAGAUAACUAUAAAAAGAAGUCAUAUGUUCCAAAGGUACCCUCAAUGGCUAAACCAGAAUAUAAGGAGUCAGUUUAUCCGAAAUUUGACUACUUCAAAAAACCAUCAGUUUCAGAAGAUAACUACAAGAAGGCAUCAUAUGUUCCAGAGGUACCAUCGAUGGGUAAGCCAGAAUAUAAGAAGUCAUUUUUUCCAAAAUUUGACUACUUCAAGAAGCCAUUAGUUCCAGAAGAUAACUACAAGAAGACGUCAAAUGUUCCAGAGGUGCCCACAGAGCCUAAACCAAAAUACAACGUACCAUCUUUGCCAAAAAAUGACUACUAUAAGAAGUCAUCAGUUCCAGAAGAUAACUACAAAAAGGUUUCAUAUGUGCCAAAGGUGCCCUCAGUGCCUAAAGAUGAAUACAAGGUGCCUUCUUUGCCAAAAAAUGACUACUACAAAAAGCCAUCUGUUUCAAAAGAUAACUACAAAAAGGUAUCACAUGUUCCAAAGGUGCCCUCAAUGCCUAAAGAAGAAUACAAGGAGUCUUCGUUAUCAAAGAACGACUACUACAAGAAAUCAUCGCCUUCUCCAUCACCACCACCUCCAUAUUAUUAAAUUUCCAUUUUAUUAUGUUCAACAUGCAUCGCCCUCUAGCUCAACAUAUAUAACCCUUAGGGUUCUCAUAUUAUGAGUUAGAAUGCCUGAUAUCAAAAUUUGUAUUUCUUUAUUCAUUUAAUUUUCUUUUUCUUACUUUGGUUUGUAAUUGUUUUGUCAUUUAAAUUCUAUAUUUUUAAUG